AUGACAACCAUUCCAACAGGCCACACAGGCCCCUUCUCCGAAUCCGACUCCUACAGCGAACCCCCAUCACCUCCCUCCAACCCCCAAGACCACAACCACGCCCCCCAAGACGCAAUCCAGUCACACACCCUCCUCCUCCCCACCGGCCAAACAAUAAUAAACACCCGACGAGACCCCGAAACCACCUCAUCCACAACCUCAUCCACAGCUGCGUCAACAUCUACGAUCCCAUCUACAUCCACAUCUACAAACUCAACUACUACUAACGUAGAAGCUAGACCGAGGAUCAGAGGUAGUGUGUCGAGUCAUCAGGAAUGGAGCGAGCAGGAUCGCGAAAAGGAGGUUUAUAAGCAGUUGUUGACGGCGGAGAGGGAGAGGGAUCGGGCUAGAGGGAGGGGGAGUGGGAGGAUGGGGGCUAUGGAGUUUACGGAGGUUUUGCAGGGGCGGUAG